AUGGCAUCCCGUCAUUCUUCCAUUCGCCUUCAGGGGCAAGGAGAUUGGUCAAAUUGGUACACCUUCAUAAGGAUGAACGCCAAGGCUAAUGGAGUCUGGGACUUCUGUGAUCCAGAAAGAUCCACCCAACCCAUUGAGCCUAUUAGACCUACGCUUGCGGAAGAGCCGAAUGUGCAACAGCUCUCUGUCUACGAAGCACAGAGUAGAAUAUAUCCUGAAGAACUCAAGCGUUAUGAGAGACGUGUUCACGCUCUCCAGAAGACAAUGAGGGAUAUUACAACAACGAUUGAGCCAUCAAUGCUGUCUUGGCUUGGUGAUGCAGAUACGCCAAGGGAGAUCCUGACGAUCCUUAAGAGAAGGUAUCAACGGACCCCUGAGGCUGAGAAGAUCUUAGCGUAUAAGAACUACCGAGAUCAUCUCAUUCGAAUCAAGCGGUCCAACACCACGGAUUGGAUCCAGACGUGUGAGACUUACCUCACAAAGGCCGUCAGACUUGGCUGUGAAGAGAUGAGCGUUACUCAUCAACAAGUAACCCUUCUCACCACUUUGAAGGCAGUCUACCCUGACUUUGCUGCUCCACUGGCUAGGGAAACUACCAAGGAGGCAGUCGACAAUAUUACCACAGAGAACAGACUCUCUGGCAUCACCAUUCUUCAUCAAUUCAGAGCUUGGCUCGAGGCUGGCUAUGGUGAAGACCACAAUACAAGAGGAGGAGCUUAUGCAACUUGGCAGCAGAAGAACGAGGAGCAAUCUUCUCAGGCAUCUUCCAAGGCUGCCACUUCCUCCAACCUCACGUCAUCGACUGGGAAAGAAAACAGCGAGCCAGGAAAGACAAUUCCAACUUGUCCCAUUGAUGGGAAAAGGCACUGGUAUGUUGAGUGCUGGUAUCUGAACCGUCAACUUCGCCCAGAAGGACUUCAGCUUAGCGCUGCCAAGGAAGCGCAGGCGACAGCUCUUCUAAACUCUGAUACGGACUGGUCAGACUCCCUCUGCACCCCGGAAGAACCAAACGGCAGCUGUCAGCAUGUGGCGGAUGGAGAAGAGAUCACGAUUUCGAUAUCUUCAACCAGUUAA